ACAGUAGGCUAACCUAAAGCUAAUUUGGUUAGCGUUAAUAGGCUGGUCCUCGAAUUUAUUGGUUUUGUUUAGUAGCCAACUGUAGUUGAGGUUGGCAGACAUAGAAUAGCCUUAAUCGGAUUGGAAAAUUGACAUUUUUCAAACCUUUAGCUAGAGCUCUAAUUUAAUACAGCAAUUCUAUUCUAGACUGUAUAAUGCCAUCACGGAGCAGCAGGCGCCGAGCCUCGCGGCAGAGGAGAUGGUCUCUCUGGUGUUUUGCAGGUGCUGAUGUGAAGGAGACGGUGGACAUGGGGACGCAGACGGAGUGCCCGACCGUGGAGGUGGCCACCCAGGCGGACGGACCCGAGACGGCAGAGGCGACCACUCAGGCAGGUUGGGUGACAGCCGAGGCCAGCACUCAGGCUGCUUGUGGAACGGCUGAGGCCGGGAUACAGGCAGUGAGAGUAAUGGCCGAAGCUGGAUGUCAAUCUGUCUGGGCAACCAGCGAGGCCUCCGUCCAGGCGGCGGGGGUAACUGCUGAGGCUGACACCCAGGUGGACUCCACGGACGCGACCCAUUGGCUUGAUGCUGAGCUACCAGGAGCAUCUGUCCAGAGGACAACUGGUGCUGUUCCAGACGCCGACUGGACAGUCCAGAACAUGAACCAGACGACAGCUUUUGAGUAUUCAGAGUUCUUCCGCAACGGCCAGAUGUGGGUGGAGGUGAAGCUCAGGUGUGAGGAGAGGCGUGAGGGUCCGUACCUCAGGCAGUACUGGUACCUCAUCAACAACUGUUCCCAAGAGACAGCAGAGGGAUUCAUGCCCUACGCCAACGGAGAGCUGCUCACUCACAUUGAGUGGUACUGUGGGAGCAUCACUGCGGUGUACUCACACAUCCACACACAGAUGACCACAGUUAUGGACAUAGGAGGACUCCUGUACGGCGAGACAUCGACCAGCUGCAGGGGUCUGUCCAUGGACGCUGCUGGAACCUGGACUCGCCUGGAGAGGACCGACACUCUCCGGAUGCCCCUGGACCAGUUCUUCACUCCUCAGCCGGACCCUGAUGACGACUCUGCUGGCCUCUUGGAAAUCGACUGGUAUCCUGGUGAUGACUCUCCUGGUCCUGAUCCUGGCGCUGAUGGGUUCAACGACGCUGAUUGGUUCGACGCUGAUGGUGACAACGCUGGAUUCGAUAACGCUGCUGAUGACGACUCUGCUGAUGACGACGCUGCUGAUGCUGACGCUGGAUUCGACGUUGCUGAUGACGACGCUGGAUUCGACGCUGCUGAUGACGACGCUGCUGAUGACGACGCUGCUGAUGAUGACGCUGGAUUCGACGCUGCUGAUGACGCCGUUGGAUUGGACACUGGAUUCGACGCUGCUGAUGGAUUGGAGGACGCUGCUGCUGUCCGCUCUCCUGCUCCUGGUCCUCACGCUGCUGAUGCUGAUGCUGCUGCUGGUACUGAUGCUGCUGCUGCUGACAACUCUACGGCCCCUGGAUUCGACGAUGCUGCUGGUUGCUCUGGUGCUCUCUCUGCUGCUGCUUCCGUUGCUAGCCAGGUUCCCUCUGUGUACUACUUCUUCCAGUCCACCGGUCUGGGGGACUUCCCCCUGAGGCUUGCUGGACUGAGGGACGCCUUCGCUGUCUUGCUUGAGCAGCCAGAGACAGCCAACUUCAUCGCUGUGACAGGGUCCAUGCUUGUGAAGAACUUGGCCACCCUCAAUGGAAAGGAUGCUGGUGCAACUCAGCAGGCCUUUGACGAGGUGGUGGCCUUCGCCCAGACACAGACUCCCACCAUCACCACUGAGCUCCUGGAGGUUGGGAUCCACCAGUUCAACCUCCUGGAUGUGGUCUUCGAGCUGCUGCUGUUCAGAAACCUAGAGUUGGCGUAUGUGCGGCUGGUCCCUCAGGCACAGGACGGGUUCCUGGAUCAUCUGGCGACAGUGGUCCAGUCCCUCCUGCCCUCUGAGGCGUGGCCACCCCAGGCAGCCCAGUGCUGGGAGCUCCUGCAGUCUGAGGCAAUCUCCUUCGUGUUGGAGAUCCUGUCCCUGGACGUGUCAUCGUACCACCAGCCCCAGCACCUGGCCCAGAGGGUCUUCAGCAGCCUGGAGCGCCGCAUCGACCAGCUGCUGAGCGUGAUGCCGUCUGGCUAAUAUCCCUUUCCCUCUUUAGUUUCCGUUAUGAAGGGUUUAGUUACUUAGGCUUAGUGGGGUUUAGAUUUUAGUGAGCAAAACUUAGUACUUACUACUGUAUGGGUUUAGUUUCUUAACACGUAGAAGCGUUUCAGUCUAGUAUUUAGUAUAAAUGGGUCAAGUAAUUGCGUAGUAAGGUAGGGUUUAGGUGUAAGAAUGAGGGUUUUGCUUUUAGUUUUUGGUUCUAUGAUUAAUAUGGGCAUUUAGUUUUUAGUGUUUCAGAGGGUUAGGGCAUUUGUUUUUCUAUGGUAUAGUCUGGAUUUGAACUAGUUUAUAGCUUUCAUCUACCAAGGUUUAGUACUUAGUUAAGUUAAUUCGUUGUAGUAUAAUGGACGGUUAUUUUGAACGGUUAGUGCUCUCAUGUUUAGUGGGUUAGUGGAUGGAUUAGCUGUAGUUUUGAUUGAGGGUUAAUGUUUACAGUAGAAGGGUUUGAUUAUGUUUAAUCCAUAAGGGUUGGAACUUUUUUUAAGGUCUUAUUGAGUAUAAUUGAGUAUUUGAGGGUUUAUUUGCUGUAAAUGUGGAUAUCUUAUAGCAAUUUUAGGGUCUAUUUUUUUAGUGUAUGGUUUUUGCAUGUAUCCGGGUUUCCUUGUAGUGAUUUCUUAUGUUAAAGGACAAGCACACUAUUUUGAACAUUAAGCCCAUUUUAGUACUUCUCUGCAAUGUUCUAUUGCAUCCCCUCUCAUUGUUUUUUUUCUUUGUUUUUUUUAAACAUUUGUUUUCAAAGUAUGCAUCUCACUGGGUGAUGGGGGUGUUCACUGGCAUUCCCUACGAAAUGUGAAGGGGAAGUACGGCUUCUGUCAUUUAUUUCCCAUUUUGUGAAUGAAAGAAAAUAAUGUGUUUACUUAAUGCUACAUAUGUAAAACAUCACAAACGCCAUGUUUUACUAUGAAAAUUGUUACCCCUGAACACUUAAUGAGUUGCAUACCGGUAUUCUUAGAAAAAAAAAAUGUUGGUGUGGUUUUAAGAAUAGAUUUCCAUAGAUGGCCAUUCUAAAUCUAGUUGAGACAAAAUCCAAAGUAGCCAAAUAACAGAGACCGCAGCAAACAUGAAGUAAACGGUGAGGGGGACUCUAAAACAUUGCAGACAAGUAAAAAAAGGGGGUUAAUGUUCAAAGUAGUGCACUUGUCCUUUAAGUAUAGCCUGGGUUGUUUACAAUGUUUAGUAAAGUUGGAUUCUUUUUUUUCAGCAUUCAGAUUGUAAUGAGUAGUCGGGUGUACUGGUCUUUUAUUUCAUAUUAAGUAGGGUUUGGUUAUUAAUGUUACUUGGGGGAUUGUUUUUCGGGUGAGUUAACCUUUUGGUUUCAAUUUAGUAGUGCAGUGCAUAAGAAGCACAAUGAGUGCGUUUACAUGCAGUUCAGUAUCCCGAAUAUGAGGCAUAUCCCGGUUAUGAUCAUAUUCAGGAUAAUGUGUUUAUAUGGGCACAGAACGUUAUAUCCCAGUCUACAUUCUUGGCCGUUAUAGAAUUCUCUUCAAAUGCGUGUAGCCUGGAUACCAGCAACAGCGUUCCAUGGGAAGCCCCUGUAUUCGGGAUAAGGUGUAUACAUGCAUCAGCAGAGAUGUGGACUUGUGACUUGUGACUCGGACUGACUUGUGACUUGAGUCACAAAUGACUCGACUUGAGACUUGACUUGCCAAUAUUAGGAGUGACUUGUGACUUGACUCGACUUGUACGCUAUUGACUUGAGACUUGACUCGACUUGACAGUUUUAGCUUGCAAUGACUUGCAAUUGUGCUCCAAGUCAAUGAAUAUAUAUAUUUUUUUGCAUUUUGUGUGUGAAAAAAAUGCAUGAAAGAAAGAAAAAAAUAAAUGAUUUACCUUCAACCAUAGUCAAAAACCAUGCUAAAAAAUAUAUAUGAUCAAUUGUGGGUUGCAUGGUCACCCAAACAAACAUGAAAGCUUGUCUGCAGCCGUGCUGUAAUGGUUAGGGAGUUGGGCUGGAGAUCACAGAGUUGCAGGUUUGAAUCCCACCCUUAAGCCCACCUCUUCCUACAUCUCCAUCCAUGACUGAAGUGCCCUUGAGCAAGGCACCUAACCCCAUAUUGCUCAAAGGACUGUCACCAAUAUAUGCGUUGGAUAAAAGAUAAAAGUAAUUUAAUGAAUAAUUAUAAACCGUGGUAAAACAAUGGUUAGUUUUCAGAGUAAAACCAUGGUUCAAUUUAUAGUUAAACCUAGUAAAACCAAAAACCAAUGCCGAACCAUGCUCAAAAAACUGAAAUCAUAGUAUACCAUGGUCGAUUUCCGGGACAUGACUGGCGAAGGGGGACAUGCAAAGCAGUGUGGAGAGGUAACAGGGUCGGUUCUGGCUUAUUUGGUGCCCUAGGCGAGUUUGAGUUCUGCAUCAUGCAAUGACUGGUUUAAUGAGAACAUAACAAUUCUCCACCCAGCAGAGCAGCACUGCUCUGUCAGCGCUUCCCUCUGUCUCUCGAGUGUGAGUCUCCAAAUUCAAAAUACAUCGCACGCUGUCACUCAUCCCGCCCCCUUUCUCAGGACUGUCUGUUUAUUGGUUCACAGACUUCCCAGAGACAGUUGAAAGCGAUAUUACUAUUGGCUGAGGGGCGUUUUGCCGUGAGGAGCGCUUUCACUGCGCUUUGUUGAUUGCGACUUCAUAAAAAAAACCUCCAUAGCGCAAAUUUACGCAUCGGAGAGCGCCAUUUCGGCGCUCCUUCUUCACAUGGCGCUCUAGGCGACCGCCUAGCCGGCCUAUGCUUAAAACCGGCCCUGAGAGGUAAUGAAUUUAUGACCAAAGGUAAUUGUCAAUAUUGCACAUAGAAUACAAGGUGACUUGUUAAUGACUUGGAAAAAAAUAAGACUUGGACUUGGACUUGACUUGGCUUUGGCACGACUUGGACUUGGACUUGACUUGACUUGGCUUUGGCACGACUUGGACUUGGACUUGACUUGGUCAAAUGUGUCGUAACUUGUGACUUGACUCGGACUUGAUUGGAAGGACUUGAGACUUACUUGCGACUUGCAAAUUAGUGACUUGGUCCCAUCUCUGUGCAUCAGUAUCCCGGCUUCUUUCGGAGAACUCCACCUAGCAUAUCCCGAUGUCUCAGUAUCCCGAAUAAGGGCUUAUUCGGGAUACUGAAGUGUUUAUAUGCGCAAACGCAAAUUCGGGAUACAUAAUAUCCCGAUCAUAUUCGGGAUACUGAACUGCAUGUAUACGCACUCAGUGUUUCUCUGCAGCAGGGGGGAAACUUAACAUUUUUCCCCACCAGUCACUGUGGCAGGUAGAUUCUAAAAUCUACCAGUCACUCACAAUUUUUACCAGUCACCAUUUUUACUAGUUCAUAUUCAACCGUUACAAACAUUGUAAUGCCAAGUACGAUCAUUUUCUGAUCAAUACUUUUGUUUCAGAGGUCAUAAAUCCAGUUAUUGUGAUGCCGAGAACUCUUUUCAUUACCAAUUUGCUUUGAUGUUGGAUGCUGCGUAUAAUUCCGCAUUAACCCGGGUGCCUGUAGAAAAAAUUCACGGGUCAAGGUGACGGGUGUUUAAGGUGGAUGGGUGCUUAUUUCCAUCCCUGCUCUGCAGUUGUGUAGGUGCUUUCUAUGAAAAGCCAAAAAACCUUUCAGCAACCCAACUCUGAAAUGAAAUUCAGUGGGGAUUGGUGAAUGGUUCUCAUUGGCUAAUGCCCCAUUUUACUCAAAUGUGUUCUACCCAAGCUCUGCGCCCCUCCCUCUCUGUGUAUGAUCUGUCUUUUUCUGCAGUUGUUCCCUGUUGGUGCUAUGCGGGACUAAAGACCAGAACCAAGUCAUGAUGCGGACCCUGAUGACGAGAACCAUUGAAGCUGAAGAUGACCACCGAUGACCAGCAUAGAGGAUCCACAAACUGAAGGUGAACCUAGAAGACCAGCCUACCAGGAUCCACAUACUGAAGACAACCAUAGAAGACCAGUCUAGAGAGACCCACACCAUGGAGGACUUACAUCAUCAUCUCACAGCUUGACAGAAGAUUUUUUUUAAAUGAUCUAUUCUGGACAUAUCUGAUGCCAUCUGACUGUCAGCAAGACUGAUGACAAAACCAACAUGGAAUACUGGAAAACCCAAUGAAAAUGGUCAAUUUUUCAACAUUGGACAUUUACUUAUUUAUGAUCACGUCAUACUUUUUUCCACCCUAGUAAAUAAUAUUUUUGACUUUGAAAAAGCA